AUGUCGUCAAGUGCACAACCUGUUGAGGCAAAAGGUGAUUCACCCGAAGAUGAAGAUGGCGAAGGUGUUGAUAUCGGUAAGAGUAUUUUCUUCGAUUUUGAAUUAACCGAAACGAUUCUAUUUGCCUUUCGUCAAGGUAAAAAACAUAAACUUGGCCAUUUACGUGUUGACACUCAAGGAAAUGUUACCUUUAAACGUCUACCUAUAACUCAACUUGUCGAAGCGUUACAAUUAGGCAUUCAGUAUACGGUUGGCGGACUUCAAGCCAAAGCUGCACACGACGUACUUUAUCAAGACUUUUUGACCGUUGAGAUUAUACAUUUCCCGAAGGAAGGAACGAAAACAACUCCGGCACAUCGAUUCUAUGAUUUUACUAUUCGUUCGUAUGCUCCUGUGGCAUUUCGACAUUUCAGAGAAUUAUUUAAUAUUAAACCAGAUGAAUUUUUGUAUUCGAUUUGUAAACCACUAAGAGAAUUGAAAAAUCCGGGUGCAAGUGGAAGUUUAUUUUACUUAACAUCCGAUGAUGAAUUCAUACUUAAAACAGUACAAAAGAAGGAGGCGGAGUUUUUAAAAUGUCUCCUUCCCGGUUAUUAUAUGAACGUCACUCAAAACCCACGAACAUUGUUGCCGAAAUUCUUCGGUCUCUACUGUUAUCAGGGCGAAAAUAAAAAUAUUCGAAUAACUGUAAUGAAUAAUUUAAUUCCGUCUCAUGUGCAAAUGCAUGAGAAGUAUGAUCUCAAAGGUUCAACCUACAAACGACGAGCAAAUAGUGCGGAAAGACGAAAAGAAUCUCCAACAUGGAAAGAUUUAGAUUUCAUGGAAAGACAUCCUGACGGACUACUAUUAGAUACUGAAACUUUCAAUGCAUUAGCAAAAACUGUCCAACGAGAUUGUCGAGUUCUUGAAAGUUUUCGAAUCAUGGAUUACUCAUUUCUCAUUGGUGUUCAUCAAGUUGAUGCAGCUGCGGAAUCAGGAGGAGAUCGCACUAUGCUAAAUCCUGUGUGUACACCUGGCGAACAAACAUCUGUACAACCAAAACGUAUGAUGUACUCAACUCCAAUGGACACUAUUCAAGUAGAAUUUGACGAACAUAAUAAACCUGAUGACCAUCUUGUGAAAACUGGUGGUAUUCCAGCACGAACAGCAAGUGGUCAACGCUUAUUACUCUACGUAGGCAUAAUCGAUAUCUUGCAAUCGUAUCAUAUUCGGAAGAAAUUAGAACAUACAUUCAAAUCUGUCCUAACCGACGGGACGCAAAUCUCAGUGACCAAUCCAAGUUUUUAUUCUGAACGAUUUCAAAAAUUUCUCUUUACUACUGUAUUCAAAAAAGCACCACUCUUUCUACGAUCUCAGGAUGAAGUAUCUCUACGAGAAUCACCAGUCAAACGUCGAUCCAGGUUAUCAAAGAUGGUUCCAGGAUCAGAACGUGAAAAAGAAAUGAUGACGACGACGCCAGUCACAGUUAGAAAUGACCGUGGUGGUUUAAAUACCUCGCCGAUACAGCGGCGAUCGUAUGAUACAACACCGUUGAAUUCAAAUCAAUCAGAUACUAGCUCACCAAAAACAGCUUAUAACACAAAGAUAUUUCGCAACAAUCUCCCUAUUUAUGCCGAUCAUACAAAUUCAAGUUCGAGCACAGGAACUCGAACAACAAAUAGUCAAAUCACAUCCUAUUAUUCCUCAUCGCCAUCUGCACGUGCGCAUGCACUGAUGCGCAAAACUGAAACUGAACAUAAUCAACGCGAUAGUUCGACCACUCUCUAUUCAAGCUCACAUCAAUCAGAUUCUCUCUAUAAUGAGCCUACAAGACAAAAUUCAGCGAGAAUUGUAACAACGUCAUUCAAUAAACCUUUUCAAAGUCCAUCAUACACUAGAAGAAUUCUAUUAACACCGCCGAAGACGAGAGACAAUAACGAAGAUGAUGACCAUGACGAACCACGUCAGAUUUUAUUACCCAUUGGUGGAGGAAUCGUAGGAAAAUUAGCAUCAUCAACAACGAACUUAUCCUAUCGUAGCAACUCAAAUGAACACUCGCCUAUACACCAUCAACGUCGUAAUCCUUCAACCAGUGGUAUCGAAGAUGAAUCGACCAGUCCCUUUAUAAUUCGGACCCGACUUUAA